GAAGAAUUAAAAAAAAACACUUUCGAGUUUCGCGAAGUUGCGUCAUCCACAUGGUUUCAAUCUGAAGAGAUAUAAAUCUUAAAUUUAUUAUAAGUUCGUUUAUAACAAAGCUAGAAUGCUGUCCGCGACGCGAGUGAUCAGCCGAAAGGCUUUGGAAUACACAGGAAUUGGAACAGACUUUUACACACAUAGAAAUUUCUCGACCAUCCUAAAAAGUACUGCAGCACCUACAGUCCCUAUCUAUCAGCGACAUGGAGUACAAUAUAGGCAUAAGUCUGAUGGAGUACGUGGUGCAGUCAUCGGUAUUGAUCUGGGAACUACAAACUCAUGUGUGGCUGUUAUGGAAGGAAAGACACCAAAGGUGGUUGAGAACAGCGAGGGCUCCCGCACCACACCUUCACACGUGGCCUUCUCAAAGGAUGGAGAGCGUCUGGUCGGCAUGCCAGCGAAGCGACAGGCAGUCACCAACAGUGGCAACACGUUCUACGCGACCAAACGUCUCAUCGGAAGACGGUUCGAUGACCCAGAGGUCCAGAAGGAUAUGAAGAACCUGUCAUAUAAAGUUGUGAAAGCUUCCAAUGGAGACGCUUGGGUGCAAGGCACUGAUGGCAAGGUGUACUCUCCGAGUCAAAUCGGUGCAUUUGUGCUGAUCAAGAUGAAGGAGACUGCGGAGGCCUACCUGAACACAACGGUCAAGAAUGCCGUGGUCACUGUGCCAGCUUACUUCAACGACUCGCAGAGACAGGCCACCAAGGAUGCUGGUCAGAUUGCUGGUCUCAAUGUACUCAGGGUGAUCAAUGAACCGACGGCCGCGGCUCUCGCCUACGGCAUGGAUAAGACUGAUGAUAAGAUAAUUGCCGUGUAUGACUUGGGCGGUGGAACCUUCGAUAUCUCCGUGCUGGAGAUACAGAAGGGCGUGUUCGAGGUGAAGUCCACCAACGGUGACACCCUGCUGGGAGGCGAGGACUUUGACAAUGUGAUCGUUAACUUCCUCGUGGAUGAGUUCAAACGUGAUCAAGGACUCGAUAUCCGUAAGGAUGCUAUGGCAAUGCAGCGUCUGAAGGAAGCGGCUGAGAAGGCCAAGAUUGAGUUGUCCGGCUCUGUGCAGACCGACAUCAACCUGCCCUAUCUCACCAUGGACUCAUCUGGACCUAAGCACAUGAACUUAAAGAUGACGCGGUCCAAACUGGAGCAGCUGGUGGGUGACCUGAUCAAGCGCACCGUGGCUCCGUGCCAGCGGGCGUUGCAGGAUGCAGAGGUGUCCCGGGCAGACGUGGGUGAGGUGCUCCUAGUGGGCGGCAUGACCAGGAUGCCCAAGGUCCAACAAACCGUCCAGGAGAUCUUCGGUCGCGCCCCGUCCCGCGCCGUGAACCCCGACGAGGCGGUGGCCGUGGGAGCUGCCGUGCAAGGCGGAGUGCUCGCCGGAGACGUCACCGACAUCCUGCUGCUGGACGUGACGCCGCUGUCACUGGGCAUCGAGACCCUGGGCGGAGUGUUCACCAAGCUGAUCACGAGGAACACUACCAUCCCCACCAAGAAGAGCCAGGUCUUCUCCACAGCUGCGGAUGGGCAGACCCAAGUGGAGAUCAAGGUGCACCAAGGUGAACGGGAGAUGGCGAAUGACAACAAGCUGCUGGGGCAGUUCUCGCUCGUGGGCAUACCGCCCGCGCCGCGCGGCGUGCCGCAAAUUGAGGUGACAUUCGAUAUCGACGCUAACGGCAUCGUGCACGUGUCGGCAAGAGACAAGGGAACCGGCAAAGAACAACAGAUUGUGAUCCAGUCGUCGGGCGGGCUGUCGAAGGACGAGAUCGAGAACAUGGUGAAGGCGGCCGAGCAGUUCGCUAGUGCGGACAAGGCGCGGCGCGAACGUGUGGAGGCGAGCAACCAGGCUGAGGGAGUGCUGCACGACACAGAGACCAAGAUGGACGAAUACAAGGACCAGCUACCGCAGGACGAGUGUGAGAAGCUCCGUGGAGAGAUGACGAAGCUGCGUGAUCUGUUGGCGCAGAAGGAGCAGGCUGACCCAGAGGCCAUCCGAACUGCAACCGGCACACUACAACAAGCCAGUCUAAAACUCUUCGAACAGGCCUAUAAGAAGAUGGCGGCUGAAAGAGAAGGACAACAACAGCAGCAGACACAGAGCACUGAUGCGCAGGAUGACAAGAAAGAGGAGAAGAAGAACUAAAGAUUGGUAGUACCUGGAGGAGCAGCCAUGUUAGUUUCCAAGUCCUAGGUUAUCAACAGCCAAAAUUCCAACUCGAACAUACAUGGAAACAUACUGACUACAUUAGUCUGUGGAAUAAGUGAUUUUGCAAGCAUUUCUUUUUAUUAACUAAUGCUGUACCAUUUUGAAUGUGAUGGAUUGAAGUGUUAGCUUAGAACGCCAUACCUAUAAGUGUGGCUUUAUUAUUAUAAAGCGGUUUUUGUGGCUAUUUUUUUAAUUAGCGCCUUAUUUGUGGCCCUAAUGUGCACAAUUCACACGGCGUAUUGCAUUUUUUUUAUACAAACUCUGUCAGUCCAAUUAUUAUUAUUAAAUAUGAUAAAAAUGAGUUGAUUAUUUUAUGUAGAUUAUAAUAGUUCUGUGUUUAUCUUGUGGCGCCAAAUUUUUGUAUAUACAAUGGUGUUUGAGAACGAUUUUAUUCAUCUGAAUAGUUUUCUUUUAGGUUUAGUCCUGUAUGUGAAAUGUAUGCGGUAUUUUGAAAAUAGGUAUUGUUGGCCACCAUAGAGUUGUGAGUUCUAGAGCGCGCUUGAUUGACUUUUUCAGUUGGGUUUUGUGGUGUUAUAUAUAUGUAUACCAAAGAUUUUAAAUUACACGGAAAAUUGAUGAGCAAAAUAUUAUGGAUUUUUUAAGAUGUUCAUCCGCCUCACACACAAACAUUUAUAAGCUGUGCCAAUAACUGCUUUUUUUUAAUUAGUGAUCGCAAAAUAUUGUCCUUUUAAGUCCAUAUAUCGUAUAACAUAUUAGUAUACCACGUAGAGGUGCAUGAAAAAAUUAUAACAGUCAGUUGAGUGAUUUAAUCUGUGGUGUUUGACAUGUUAAAUGGAAUAUAUUAUUUUCUUGGCACCAAUCACUACCGUAAACGGUGAUAAGUUCGUUCAAACCAUAGGUUCUUAACGUGGGCGUUAACGCCCCCUUGUGGGCGUUUGAGACUUUCGGGGGAGGGCAGUAGAAGACCCAGAGAAAAUUAGGGAGCAUUGAGAUGGCGCAGAUGGGGCGUGGGUAGAUUAAAAAAUAUAGUCUAAAAAGGCAAAAAAUACACGAAAAUAACAUAUUCUCAAAGUGGGCGGUGAGCAAAAUAAGGUUGAGAAACUAUGGUUUAAACUGAUCAAAUACAUACCCUAAGCUUGGUGGUCUACUGAAAUGUGACAUUGGCUGAAUUGUGGUAUACCUUCCACAGAAGACACAAUAGGAAAAUAGAAUAUAUUGAAAAGAUUGUCAUUUGGAGUGGUAGCUACCAUGGGUAUACAAUAAGAAAAUAAAACUUGUUUCAAUCUUUAGCACCGAUCACUACCAUUUAAAAUUAUAAAACGAAUGCUCUAAGCUUGGUGGUCUACUUAAACGUGACAUUGGCUAUCUUGUGGCAUACCUUCCACAGAUGACACAAAAGAAAGAAAAGAAUAACAUAAUACUUGUCAAACAUACCGCAGAUUAAAUUACAAUCCAAUAUUUGUUUUUUCCUUAUGUAUAUAUAAUUAACUAGCUGACCCGGCAAACGUAGUUUUGCCAUAUAAAGUAUAAUUCACGCGAUAGUUUUAUAAGUAAUAAAAUAUUGCCUAUAUAUAUAUUGUACAUCAUUUUGUUCUAUUGUCAAUAGUUUUUGCAGCGCACGCAAAAAUAGGUUUUCGAUUUUACACCUUGUGUUACAAAAUAGCAAUUUUACUACGGAUCCCUAAUUUUGAAAAAAAAAACAUAGCCUAUGGCCUUCCUCGAUAAAUGGACUACCCAACAAUGGAAGAAUCAUUCAAAUCGGACCAGUAGUACCAGAGAUUAGCGCGUUCAAAACAAACACUGCAGCUUUAUAAUAUUAUUAGUAUAGAUUAAUUAGUGACAGUUCUUAAUAUUUUUUUUUUUUGUUUUUUAGUUUCAAAUAAACAGGUUGCAUAAUUUCUCAUAACUAACGGCUUGUCUAUUGUUCAAUAAUAAUUAAUGCUAACUUUGAUCAAGUGAAAAAUUACAAACUAUCAAAGUAGCUUAAAUUUAAAUGACCAAUAGUGAAAGACUUGGCUUCAGGCACGCUCUAAAUUGAUUUCACUUUACAACUCUAUGGUUGUGCAAUAUGUUUGAAUGUUAUGUUUAUCUUACGCCAGUGUUGUGUAUGUUAGUUAAAUUGUAUAUGUAUAUAGUAUCUCUGUUAGCGGUUGAGUAUAAGUAUUGUUGUCUGUAUGGUUUACGAUUGGGUCAAGCGGAGUGUCUGACUGUUAGAUUAGUUAAUAUAUAUUAUUAUGGAAA